UUCGCUUCACCAGUGAGCUGAGCAUGCUGAGCACCCGCUCCAUGUGGUUCGUUCCGCCUGUAAAAUAACGACAUAUGUGCCUGCGUGCGUCCCCUCCUCGCCAUCCCCAUUUCCUCCUUUGCUCCCUCUCCCCGAUGGAUCACUCCGCCGGCGGCGGCGCCGGCAAGAUGAUGGUGAAGGCGGCGGCGGAGUCGGCUUCCACCAACGAGCGCACCCAGAGCUUCAACGGCUGUAUUUCAGAGAAAUUUUACUAUAAUGAGAGUCCCCACAAGAAAAGGAAGUCACAGUAUGAGCUGAGUGAUCCUAGGGUUUCAUCACUGAAAUACAAAUUCCGGAAUAGAUUAACUUGGCAGGAAGAAGAAUCUUCAAGAACAGAAAGCUUAGGACACAACAGCAUUUUCGUCAACAAGAACUGUGACAUCUAUAUGGCCAACAGAGUUGAAGAAUUGGAAUCUUGUGAUAACACUCAAAGCCUUUUUGGUGGUUGUAUUGAAGUGGACUCUAUAAAUGGAAUCGAGAACCACAAAAUGCUGAAGGUCCAGGCAUUUUCAUCCAGCAGCUCAAGCAACAACAUUUCAUCUGAAGCUUUUACUUCUUCCCGUAGCAGCGGCACCAAAGAUACUGACAGUUGGGAUAUGCAACACCUGGAGUAUGAUCACCCUGGUCUGAUGCUGCUACCAUAUGAUGAUGAUAUAGAGGGGGCAUACGAUGUACUUGGACAAUAUGAUGUUGUAAUGAAAAAUGAGCUUGCGAGUGGCGAUGUCGAUGAAUCUGCAGCUCGUAUUAUGGAUGAGAAGCUUUACUCGAAUGGAAUAGAGGAUUUACUCAUAUUGCCAAGAGGCCAGAAUAGCAUUCACGAUGAGAAGAAUAAGCUGACGAUCGAUCAAGAGUUUGAGCAGUAUUUUACAAGGCUCAUGCUUUAGCAUUGAUGAUGUCAUAAUUCUCUGCUCUGUUGAACAUCCGAAGAUGCUUGCUUCCUGCAGUCAUGCGGUUUGAGCUCAGCCCUGCACAAGCAAAUGCGAGUGUUUGCUGCUAUGGGAGCUAGUUGCCUAUUUUUGUACACUUUUUCCAUGCUAUGUAUAUGUCUUCUGAACAGACAAAUGUACCCCUCUGAAGCCUGAUCACUCUCAACUCUUGAGUGCAUAAAAAAGAUCCCUCUCCUUAAUGUGGGUGCCUGUGCCUAGUUUGUAUGUGCAAAUAAUGGGUGCCAUACUGCCAUUCCCCCCUCGGUGUUGUGAAUUCAUCCACAUUAGUGCUGUCUGUGGUGCCUGGACUUGGCAGUGCGGAGGAAUUCAGAGGGAAUUUGCUUCUUG